UUUUUUUUUUCUCUUUUUUGCUCACCAAGGAGGAGCUUGAAGACACGCCGACAUGCGCCAAAGUGGAGGCUGAGACGCUGCAUUAUCGCUGCACGGAGUUUAACUUCUAUGAACACAACCAGUCGGUCGGCGAUGCUCACCCGACGCCACGCAGGAGAUUAAACACAGAUCACCAGGUCCGCUGAUAGCGCAGAGCAGCAGGAGAAACCACGCCGGUGCCCUGAAAGCCACGCAGCUCCAGGGAUUAGACACAAAAUGUCACAGAGUAGAGGUCAGAAGAAGUUUGUCUUCCUGUCGUUAAUAUUGGUGUCUCGUCUGUUUGUUAGUGCUGAGUACUCCAGCUGCGGCGAGUACGAGUUCUUCAACCAGACCAGCAACAGCUGCCAGGCCUGUCCUCAGUGCCAGCCAGGGCAAGAACCGCAUAUGAACUGUGGUUACGGUAUGAAGGAUGAGGACUUUGCUUGCAUACCGUGCGCGCAAGGGAAAUACUCCAAAGGAAAGUACGAGAUCUGCAGGCGCCACAAGGACUGUGAUGCUCUCUACAAAGCCACUGUCCGUGUAGCAGGAACUGCUGAAAGUGACGCUGAAUGUGGGCCAUGUUUACCAGGGUAUUAUAUGUUGGACAACAAACCCAGGAACGCUUAUGGGAUGGUUUGCCAUUCCUGCCAAAAUGCCCCGAGCAACACAAAAGAAUGCAUGCAAAUCAGCAAACCCAAAGAAAACCCACCAAUUAACCCUGGGAGCACUACAGUCUUCCCUCACAGAAUUAAAGAAUCACCUGGACAGGGUCAUUUAGCCACAGCGCUUAUUAUCGCCAUGUCAACCAUUUUCAUCAUGGCUAUUGCCAUUGUUCUCAUCAUCAUGUUUUAUAUCUUGAAGGCCAAGCCGGGUGGCCAUGCAUGUUGUUCUGGCCAGGUUGUGAAAGCUGUGGAGGCUCAAACCAUCAAACAAGAUGACAAGAAAGAUGUCCCUGAUAAUGUGGUGAUUUUCUCUGAGAAAGAUGAGUAUGACAAAUUGAAAGCAGUCCCUCAGAAGACGGUGAAAAGUGAAAAUGAUGCAUCAUCUGAGAAUGAGCAGUUGUUGAGCCGCAGCAUCGACAGCGAUGAGGAGCCGUCAUCUGACAAGCAGGGAUCUGUCGAGAGCGCGUCCCCCAACCCCAACUUGUGCCUCGUGGACCUGGGCAACAAACCUGACCUCUCUCUGCUCUCUUUGGGACUCCUGGACCGCGGCCGCACAUCCAAUGGUACCCCCAUAGUUGCAGCCAGCCACACCAUUAACAUCCAGAGUCCCAACCACAUCAACAGUGUCAACCACAUUGCCUCCACCAACCACAUCAGCAGCAUGAACGGGAUCAACAACAAUAAAACCCCAGGGAUGCUACAGAGUCGAAGGAAAAAGAUACUAGAGCUGUAUGCUAGAACCUGCAAUGUUACCGAGGGCCUAAGCCCUACAGAGCUUCCCUUCGACUGCCUAGAGAAGGCCAGCCGCAUGCUGAGUUCCUCCUACAGCAGCGAGGCGGCUGUGGUGAAGACAUGGAGGCACCUGGCAGAGAGUUUCGGCCUGAAGCGUGAUGAGAUUGGCGGCAUGAGCGACGGCCUACAGCUCUUUGAAAGAGUGAGCACGGCCGGCUACAGCAUCCCUGACCUCCUCACUCGGCUGGUGCAGAUCGAGAGGCUGGACGCUGUAGAGUCACUGUGCGUGGAUGUGCUGGGAACCAGCGAGGUGGUGGCAGUGGCUGGACGACAGAGUAUCAACAGCUUUCACAGCCAGUUGGUGUGUCCGUCCCAGUGCACCUCUCCCUCCCAGCGUUGUGCCAGUGUCUGAAUAUUCAGGAGGUCUUUAAGUACACAUUUAUGUAGGGACAGCGUUUGCCCUGACAAGUAGGACAUUACAUACAUGUGUACAAAAUUACCCCAAAACAUGAAGAAUGCCAGUGGGCAUCUUGUCCACAUUUCUUUAUAUUUUAAGAAGCUAAACUCCAAAUACCAAAAAAAGAUUGCUUUUCUAUGUUUUUGCUGCAAAGUGUGAGAGGGGGAAAAAGAUGUUUGUUUAAAAAAAGUUGUUAAAUCUUCAAUUUCACUUUGGUUCUGCUCUGCAAGAAUGUAAUCAUCUAAUUUUCUUUCUGAUUUUUAAUCAUCAUGUUGUGUUCCACAAAAUAAUUGCAUUGCAUGAUACCCAAAUACCCAGAAAUUGUUUGCGCUGGACGCAACUCUCUCUAAAUUAGCAUAUCAACAAAAAGUUCAUUUAUUUCAGUAAGUAAAUUCAAAUAAGUAAAUACAGUGUAAACUUGUACACUGUAUAAAUUAAUUAGAGUCAAAUAAAUUUGUUCAAAGAAUUAAAUUCAGGAGGUUUUAAUAAAGAAUUAUCAGUCUACUGAAAGUGUAUCCAUAGAGUAUAUGGUACUAGGUCGGGGCUCCUUUUGCUUGAAUUUCUGAUUCAAUGCAGCAGAACAGUUUGUUUCUUUUGCAAUGACUGAUCAUCAAAUUUCAACUAUGUCAAAGGAUUUCUAGGGCUUUAAACCAUAAUCAUCAAAAUUAACAAAAACUUGAAAUAAAUCCAUACAGUACAUCGGUUUUACUUUGUUAAAAUGCAUUCACUUUUGAUGAUUUACAAGUUUGUUAAGAUGUACCUACUGCUUUUGUCUUUACCCCUGGUUCUCCACCAGCCACUGAUGUGUUUUUCUGAGGGUCUUUAUUCAUUAAAGGACAUAAUAGUAAUAAUAAUGAUAUUUGGAACUGACCAUAGGUGUCCUUUGCUAAAAGCUUUUGAAUUUGUACACAGACCUUGUGCUUCAUCUGGCAAUUCAUGUAGCUAGAUUCUUUUGUCCCAGUUUGACCACAGCCUUAGUUCCAAUUCAUAACUGCUCCGUUGAUCAUACUGUCAUCACACGAAGAGAGUAGCAAACAUGACUUUCCUUCUUCCCAUCACUGGGACCAGAUGGAAAUGCUAAAACAUCACUCUGCUCAGCUUUUACUUGAUAAAUUUGCUUUGGGCAUCUGUUGACGCCAAGGUGUCUGUUGCUGAAUUUUACUUGCAACAAAAACAAAAAAAAGAAAAAGCAGAAACUACCAACAGUGUAAUUAGAUAUUUUCAGCUUUAAGACCUUGCAAGGACUUUGGGAUGAUGUUUACGUUAAAACAAUUGUGGAUUUAUCCACUGAUUAACAUACAAUACGUCUGGUAAGUGUGGAGGCGCUGAUGACACGCAGAUGUAGCGAAUGGAAAAGUUCAACCGACCACCUCAUAAAAAAGGAAAGAAAACCUCAAAACACACGGAUACAUUUUAGGUGGAGAGUUUAACGUUUAAGUGUCCUGGAUGAACACAGCAUUCUGCCUGGGACCACAUGUCUACAAUCCUAACACACAUUCACACACUCUCCUACUACACCUACUUCCUCCACAGUGACCCUAGCUGUGACCCUCUCCCCCCCAUUCUCCCUAACUGCCUGUUAGUCUACUUAUAGCCCAAUCUUGCGGUCUAGCAUUGCCGCCAUCCCUAAUUAUUUGGCGUGUGGCUCACCAUGCCCCUAAUAAGCUGAUGUGUUGUGGUUUGCAGAGCGGGUGCAAAGUGCCUGUGACUUCCAGCACCUAAUUAAGCAUUUAGGGCCACUUAACUGUUUAACACCCAAGAGAGCAGCUAUAAAAUUCCUCCAAAGCAAUGCCAGGACAGAUCAGUGGCCUCACUGGCCCCAGGGUUGCUGUGUUCAGAGGUAGAGGUAGCGUUACAUUUGUCUAUGACUGUCUCCUCUCAUUCGGCUUUAGUGUCUGGCCCAGUCAUGCUCAGACAGGAUUUUAGCUCCCCUCACCCCUAUGGGACCAAUAGACUAAACAAGAACAAUAUGCAAUUGUGUGAAUUCUGAGAAGCAGCUGAAGCUGGUUAGGUGUUGUAUGCAUGUUCCAGAAAUUUCACUUCUGAUAAGCAUCAGACCAGACAUUAGUGUUCAUUUUAAAACUUACCAGCCCACCAUUAAGGAAGCUGCCGAUCAUGAAUACUAAUUUAUUCAGUAGUUUUGUGUCAAAAAUCAAGCAAAUGGUUCCAAAGUCCAGGCAGUGCCAGAAGUUGCUUUGAUCUCAGUUUGUUGAAAUGGAAGUGAUCUUAAUCUGAUCCCUGAUGUUGCCUGCAUAAUGCCCCUAUUACUGCUCUGCACAGAGGUUUUCUUUUUCUGCAUCUGUAUCUUUCAUUACAAUCUGGGGCUGGACUCCCUGUACGUAUUACUGCACAUGGACAUCAACUAUAUAGGUUUUUGUCUUUGAUCUAAAGCUCCAUUUGAAAUAUUUUGCUACAUCAGGACAGCAUUUUGGUUUUAUCUCUUAAUGUUUUGCACAUAUUUGUGAAAAACAUUGCCUGCUAGAGCUUAUUCUCAUAAAUUUUGCCUGACAUAUUUUAUGCUGAUAUAUUUUACAGAAGCCAUUCCUGAAUAUCUUACCUCAGUAGCACUUAAAGCAUAGUACAAUGUAUAGAAACACACAAAAUUGUCACAGAACCAAAUUGUAACUGUGUAUAUAUAAGUUAUUAUUGUAUAUAAAGUAUACCUUAUUAAAGAUGUAUGGUGGAAUGUG